AUGGCAAAACUUUUUCAACCGUUACAAAUCAAAAGCAUCCAAUUAAAGAACAGGAUUGUAGUGUCUCCGAUGUGUGAAUAUUCAAGUACUGAUGGGUUUUCUAACGACUGGCAUCUUGUGCACUUAGGAAGCCGGGCAGUGGGCGGCGCAGGCUUAAUAAUAACCGAAGCAACCGCAGUUUCUCCCGAAGGAAGAAUUACUCCGGAUGACCUUGGCUUGUGGAAAGAUGAGCAUAUUGAAGGACUAAAACGAAUCGUAUCUUUUAUAGAAUUGCAGGGAAGUAUUGCAGGUGUGCAAUUAGCGCACGCAGGAAGAAAAGCAAGCCACAGCAGCCCAUGGAAAGGUGGAAAAAUGCUGACAGCCGCAGAAGGCGGAUGGCAAACUUUAGCCGCUGAUACAACUCCGUUUAGACCGGCUGAUAUACCUUCUGCAGAAUUGGAUAAAGCAGGUAUUGAAAAGGUAAAAUCUGAUUUCAAAGCGGCUGCAUUGCGGGCUUUACAGGCAGGGUUUAAAAAAUUCAUGGUGCACAUGGAAAAAAAAGUAGAUUUAAUUGAUUGUUCGUCCGGCGGAAAUAUUCCUAAUGCAAAAAUCACUGUUGGUCCUGGUUAUCAGGUACAUUUCGCGGAAGCGAUAAAAAAAGAAGCAGCGAUUUUAACUGGCGCCGUUGGUUUUAUAGCACAGCCUGAUCAGGCUGAAGAAAUUAUUGCAUCAGGCAAGGCCGAUGUUGUAAUUAUGGCAAGGGAAUUUUUACGCAAUCCUUAUUUUCCUUUGCAUGCAGCAAAAGUGCUUGGAGCAGAUGUUUCGUGGCCUAUUCAAUAUGAAAGAGCAAAAAUGUAA